GCUGUCGUCGAUUUGUUGCCGUUCAAUGUAGCGCCCACGACAACUGGCGACUGGUUGCUGCGCGCUUGGUAGCAAGAAUCAGCCUGAAGAUGGGAAAAAACACUUUACAAUUCCAUGCGUAAGAGAAAAAAAAAAAAGUGUUGCACCGGAUAGGAAGACCAAACUUCGCACCGGACGUCAGACUGCGAGGUAUGUGAAGAGCACUUUGCAAGCAACUGCUUUAUCACAACACUGACCCAUCAUGAUGAAUCCACAGGAAGGACCCUGGAAGUUAACCGUAUGAGGACUAAGCUCACGCAGGACGCUGUCCCAACAAGAUUCCCAAACUGCCUGAGCUAUUUUUCAGCAUCGAGCUCCUUCACUAGUGAGGCUCCUGAAGCAAAACAGGACCGCUUCACUGCUGACCAGUUUGAACCUCUGGUGUUGAGGAACACUGGGUCAAAGAGGCUCAAGCAGAAUGCUGUCCCAGCUAUCUUCAAACACCAACCAGCCCUGAUGGGAAUAAAGCCAACCUUCAAAAGGAAAAAAGCUGAUCAUAUUUUAAGAGACGCACAGUCCGUGACGAGCGGCCAGUUGCCAACUAUGAACAUAGCGGAUACCAGUUCGCAUGUGGAGGUACCCCCCCUGACGUGUAGCCAGUCGCCCACUGAAAAUCCAGCCAUUGGCUCGCACAGUGACACACAGUCGCCUAGGCGCGGCCGGCCACCAACUGGAAAGCAUGUCAUUGGCUUACAGGCCAAUGCAUUGUCCCCGACGCGUGGCAAGUUGCCAAUUGUAUACCAACUCAUCAGUUCGCAUGCUAAUGCACUGUCCCCGAUGUGUGGCAAGUCACCGACUGUAAACAAAGUUAUCGGGUCACGUGCUAAUGCACUGUCCCCGGCUUCUGGAGAGCCACCGACUGUAAACCAAGCCACUGCAAAGAGACGUCCGGGACGUUCGGGGCAAACCUGCUGCAUUCCGGGAUGCUCGAAGAAUGACACAAGGAACAAGGAGGUCUCUUGGCACAAUUUCCCGGCCGACGUCGAGCUGAAGAAGCAGUGGGUGACGCAGAUCAACCGAGCCAUGCCGGGCCCGUUUUGGUGGGAACCAAAACCCAGCAACAAAAUCUGCGGGGACCACUUCAACGCCAGCGGAAGGAGGAGGUACGAAGACAAGAUCCCAAGGUUCUUCCCCCUGAGGCCGGACGCCGAAGCCCCGAGAGCAUCACACCUAAUUACAGCCGCCAUUCAGCAACCUCUGGUCGUCGUCAGUGUACCGAAAGAGGAAGGAAGGAAGCGUACGUGGCAGGGACAUUCCAGACAAACUUGCUGCGUGCAAGGGUGCCGAAACAACGACAGGAGGAAGAAGAACGAGGAGCUCUCUUGGCACAAGUUCCCGGCCGACAUCGAGUUGAGGAAGAGAUGGAUAACGGAAAUCAAUCUGGCUCUACCAGAGGGGCAACCAUGGUGGGAGCCAAAGGCCAGUAGCAAAAUCUGUGGGGCCCACUUCAACACUAGUGGAAGGAAGAAGUACGAAGAUAAAAUUCCAAGGUUCUUCCCCCCGAAGACGAAUCCCGAAUCCUCAAAAACGCCACGAAAUCCAGCACAGUCGUUUGCAGACCUGGAUCAUGUGCCAUCGAUCUUGGGUGUUCCCUCAGACCUGACCUUAGCUGCCCAUGAGCAACCUGGAGUUGCCGUCAGUUUACCCAAAAGCGAAGGUGAACAAGAGUUUUUACAGUCAGCAGCAGUGCAUGGUGAUGGAAACACGCCGUUGGGAUCGACCAGCUUCCUUUUGAAGGUCACCGAAGACGUCCUGUUCCGGUGCUGUUUCUGCACCCACAUCACCACCGACCGGCGCGGGAUCGUGAGCCACCUGGUUUCCCACGACGAUGAACAACCGUCAGAGUGCCAGUACCGUCCCACGUCGUUUGGCUCCACGUCCAUUUUGCGCCACCACAUUCAAAAGCGGGCGAGAGACAGGUCGUUGAAGUCCUCCGGCUCGAUUCAAGCGUGCAAGGACGAGCACCAGCAGUCUCCCGAAGCCUUCACGCAGAACAGCGGCGUAACCAAUCGCGUUUUAGCACAGACGAGCGACGAAAAAUCUUACAGGUGCGAUCUGUGCCCCAAAACCUUUGCUGUGCACGACAGUCUGGCCCUCCAUCGUCAAACGCACGGGGGUCAGAAACCUCACAGGUGCAAGCUCUGCCCCCAAGCCUUCGUACAGCUUACGAAUUUGGUCGACCACGUUUGUACGCACACAAAUAAAAAACCUUGAAAG